UUCCCAGUAGCCCGGGCUCUAAUCAGCAAUAAUGAGAAAAUUAGUUAAAGGAUGCUUUGUAAGAUGAAACGCAUAAUAAUUACACAGGAGGGCUUGAAACCCUCCAUUCCGCACCAUGAUUUCCAGGGAGCUUUGUAGCAUGUGAUGGACUCCCUGGUGAUGACACCUGAGGAGUGUGAAACUGCUGGACAGCUGGGCCGGGUCUAUAUUUGUUUCCUUUGGUCAUGGCUGGCAUGUUGCUAUUUGGGGGAAGGAGCAAUCUAGAGUUACUCCAAUGUGGUUUUCCUAGGCUACUCCCAACAAGCUGGCACUGAAAGGCUGAAGAUGAAUUCAUUAUUUUUCUUUGCAGAAAUCUGGUGUCAUCUGAGUUAAAAGAAGAAUUUGUGGAUUCUUAAGUUAGAAGGACUAAGAAAUCCUCCACUCAUUAUCUGAAAAGAUCACAAAGAGCAGACCUCCAAGUCCAGGGCUGCUGCUACCAUGGAGGAAAGAACCGGCAGGGCUCCACUGUAUAGCCAGGACCCAGGCUCUGGUCCAACUGCUAGCCAAAGCUUCAACUUUUAUCCCAUGGAUCUUUACGACUCUGAAGACAUAUUGAACAUCUUCCCAGAAGAAAAAAUUCGAACGAGGGAAGUAGCCCAGGAGCCAAAAAAAGGUGAAAGGGCCCCAGAAUUAAGUUCUGCCACCCAAGAGGAAGUAGAAGAGCUAGCCCGGUACUAUGGCCUGGAAGAGGAUAAAGAAUUCGAGGGUGAAACUGAGGCAGGGAGUGCGCUUAGGUCUGGGAUCUCAGAAUACCAGUCAGCUCCUUCUCUCAGAUCCCACAACGUGCCAAAGAGGAGAGAAGACAAAGACUGGCAGUAUCUGGAGGAAGCAGCAGAUGCAGAAGAUGACAGAUUCCCUGGAUGGGGCUCUCGAGGUCAGUAUCAGGAAUUAAGGGAAGCAUACAGGUAUACUCGGGGUCGCUCCAGUGAGGAUUAUGAGUGCUAUGUCAUACCAGAAGAAGAGGAUGAGGAAGAAGCUGCUGAUAUUUUCUGUGUCACCUGCAAAAUUCCAAUCAGAGCUUUUGACAAUCUUUUUGGUGAGCACAAAGAACAUGAGGUCACCCAGCUUAACACCGCAGCAGAAAAUGCCCGGGACGAAAUUCAUAAAAACAUGUUCAAAUUGGAGGAACAGAUUAUUCAAAUGGAAAACUUUGCAAGUCAUUUGGAGGAAGUUUUCAUCACGAUAGAGGAGAAUUUUGGAAGACAGGAACAGAACUUUGAGUUGCACUAUAAUGAGAUCUUGGAAACUCUUGCUCAGAAAUAUGAAGAAAAAAUGCAAGCUUUAGGGGAAAAGAAGAGAGAGAAACUAGAAGCAUUGUAUGGACAGCUGGUCAGUUGUGGUGAAAACCUUGACACUUGUAAAGAACUGAUGGAAACCAUUGAGGAAAUCUGCCAUGAGGAGAAGGUUGAAUUCAUAAAGGAUGCAGUAACUAUGGCUGACAGACUUGGAGAAUUUCUGAAAACCAAAACAGAUGCAGAGCUUUCCACUCAUCCAGAUUUUGAAGACCAAACCAUCGAUUUUUCUGAUGUUGAGCAGCUGAUGGAUUCUAUUAAUGCCAUCCCAGCUCCUUGUGCUCCAGUGAUCAAUACACAAACUCCCAACUCAGCUACUGGGACGUCAGUAAAGGUGUGCUGGAGUCUAUUCUCUGAUGAUACGGUAGAAAGUUAUCAGCUUUCUUACAAACCAGUCAGUGAUGGGGCACCAACCGAGGAGCAAAAAGAGUUUUCAGUGAAUGUCAAAGAAUCCCAUUACUCUGUGGCCAACCUUGUGCCUAAUACCCAAUAUGAAUUUUGGGUCACAGCUUCGAAUAGCACUGGCGUCAGCCCACCAAGUGAGCGAGCCGUGUACGUGACAGCUCCUUCACCUCCCAUUAUCAAAAGCAAAGAGAUCUUGAGCUGUGAACAUGCUGCCCUGGUGUGCUGGGAAUCCGGAAACAUGAAUCCUGUGGACUCCUACACUAUUGAACUGUCUAAAGUGGACAAUGAAGACUCGGGGAAUGUUGUUACAGAGUCUAUAGUAGGAAUUCCUACCUGUGAAUCUCUCAUUCAACUGCAACCUGGAGAAAGCUACCUAGUCUAUGUGAGAGCCAUCAAUGUGGGAGGCCCUAGUGAAAGAAGUGAGCCUGCUACUAUUCACACUACAGGAAGCUACUUUCACCUUAAUAAGGACACGAGCCAUCCUCUGCUGUCCAUUUCAGAAGAUGGUUUUACAGUUGUUCGUGGUAAAGGGGAAAAGUCAGCACGCGAGCCUCUUGAGAGUGACACCAGGUUUACAAGAUGUGUUGCUGUUAUGGGAAGCCUGAUACCUAUUAAAGGACGGCAUUACUGGGAAGUGCAAGUUGAUGAACAGAUGGACUACAAGGUUGGCGUGGCAUUUCAAGAUAUCAGCAGACAUGGAGAGCUUGGGGCUGACAGCUCUUCCUGGUGCAUGAGUCAUACUUUCACAUCAUCAAGGCAUAAAUAUGAAUUUUUGCACAAUGGGGCUACGCCGGAGAUCCAGAUUACAGUUCCCCCAAAGAAGAUUGGAAUCCUACUUGACUAUGACAGCUAUAGAUUAUCAUUUUUUAAUGUGGAUAUUGCACAGCAUCUUUAUACAUUCAGCUAUCCGCUUCAACAUUUUGUGCAACCCUGUUUUUCUUUGGAAAAGCCUGGGAUGUUAAGAGUAUGUAUUGGAAUUUCAAUGCCAAAGUUUGCCACAUUCUUCUAGACUAGAUUAGUGUGUAAUGGUUAAGAUCAAUUUUAGGGAAAAAAUGUGAGGUUGGCUAAAAUGGUCCUUGAUGCCCUCUAUUUCCCCUUUUGUUUUCUUUUUCCCUCUUUGCUCCCUAGGUCCCCACCUCCCCAAACUCAGAUGCUCUCAUGCCAGUCUUUCCAGUUACAUUAAAAAACUAUUAUUCAUAAAACCAUAGAAUUAGAGCUGGAAAGGAUCUUAAAAGUCAUCUAGUCUAACCUCUUCAUCUGACACAGGAAACUGAUGCCUACAGAGAGAUGUAGUGACUUGUCUAAGGUAACAUUGAUAGUAAGUAGAACUGUCCAGUUCAGGAUUUCUUUCAGGAUACCAUAUUAGACCAAGUCAUAUCCCUAGAAGUACAAGAAUUUUAAAGAGAAGUUGAAAUGAAUCCCCUAAUAAUAAUAAUAUCCAGGGGAGUGAGACAUUUUGAGGACUCCUUAUGAACCCACAAUCACAUCAAUUAGUGAGUACAACAGAACAUGCUACAACGUGACUCCUUUCCUUCAGCAACCUUCCAAAUAGGAUCAAAUAGCUGCAUAUCCUGUUUUGCACAAGGUACUAUGGUAGGUAUUAUGGGAGAUAAAAUAAUGUAAGAUACGGGUCUUAUCCUCAAGAAACACUCUAUCCCUAAAAAACCGAAGGCAAAAAGUUAGUGUCUAGGCCUCCAUGCCAUGUCUUUGCCAGGCCAUUUCUAAACCAUGCUACCCUACCAUUCCUUCCCCUAUUAGAACUAAAGCUUCUUGAGGACAGCCUGCUGGCUUGUAUCUGCAUCCCCAGUACUUAACAAAAUUACAAACAUAGUGCAUAAUAAAUGCUUUCUUGUUCAUUUUGGAGAGAUCCCUGUGUAUGGGGAUAGUUAGGAAGAGCUUCACAGGGGAAGCAGGAAUUGACUGAAGCAGAAAUACCAAAUUAUACGGUUAUCACAUAAGUGUUCAAGGGGUAGUGACUGGGUCCCAAUCUUUUGAAAAAGGGGAAGGGAAACAAAGAUUUAUGGGUGAGAGGCAGAGGAUUAAGAGAUAAAUGAUCAAGUAGGGAAAAUUUGGUAAUCUGGAUAGUUGGGAAGUGUGAUGAGCUUAAAUGUGGGGUGCAUCGCCUGAGCUCUGGAUAAAAACUCACCACACUACACAUCAUAACUGAAUUUAUAAAUUUCAUAACUUAUACAAUUUAUACAUUUAUAAAAGUGGGCUCACUCAUAUAUACUUCCAUGAACAUAUAUAAAAUAUCCCAUAGUAAAUCAGCCACUUUGAGAUUCCUUCCUAUAUAGCAAGACUGCCUCUUCUAGCCAAACUGGAUUGUUUAUGUUGAUGCCCUUGUAUUUGGCUCUUUCCCUUUCAGUAACCCUCCUUCAGGACUUUAUCGCAGGAGCUGCUGCAGGGGCUUCUGUUCUGUUUUACCUUAUUUGAUCUACCAUUCAUUCUGUGAAACUGAUCAGGAUAAAAGUGUCAAAUUGUUUCUGCUCAAAAGACUUUAUGUAUGUCUCUCACUGCCGAGAGGGUAAGCCUAAUGACACGGUUCAAUUUCGUUCCUACAUUCUUGGUGUUUGCAUUGUCUGCAUCAACAUAUGCUGCACAUUCCCACUUCCAGGCCAUGGUCUGUACCAGUAGCUCACAUUUACAAAGCACACUAUCUUCUGCUUUGUGACAUAAGCACUGUCAGAUUGUUUUUUACAGACCAAAAGGUCAAGCUACCCCCCCAAGGUCACAUAGCUCAGAAACUCCUGAACCCAGACCUGAUUGCAGGCUCUAACCUUUUCUCACUUUAGCACGGGGGAUUCAAGCACCAGCUGCACACUCUUUCCGCUCCCCACUCCCCGCCUUAUAGGAAGCCUUCACCACCCCAGCCCUUGAACUCUUCUCUGAAUUCAACAUUGCUAAGUAAACUAAAUUGUUGAGUUAUUUUGGAGUCGUUUUCCUCCUCAUGGAAAGAAUUAGAACUGGAGCUUUAGCACAAGAUCAAGCUGCUUAAUAUUUGCUAAACCUAAUAGAAGCCUAGUAAGUUGUUUGACAAAGAAACAACAUAGUCCAGAAAAAGAACACCCGCAGUCCUAUCUGAUGGGAACAUUUUGCUGUUGGUGUCCUCUCAUGUGAGGGCUGAAUAUAGCUUUUCUCAAGAUGGUAACGGGGAACCAGCAGUGCAGAGAUGGGAAUUUCUGGAGCAAGAAAGGAUGAGAGGAAUUGAAAAGCAACAAAUAUUUAACAGCAGAGAAUAUAAAUUAGUUAAACAAUUAUUCAUUUAAAAGGCUGCUUCACACAGAAGGGAGAAUGACUGAGUUGGAAAUCACCAAUCACUACCACUUUGAUGCUCGACUGUCAGUAAACUCUACCCUAACCAGCUUUAUUUCUGUUAAUCAUGUUUCAGGUUUCCAUUAGUAAAUUUAAAAACCUGGUAGUCAACUUUUAAGUUCUGCAUGUAUAUAAUAAUACUGUUAUAUGAAGCAAAUUAUAAAACUGUCCGGCAUUAAUGAAACUAGAAUGUUUAUAUAGUAUUGAAAUUAAUGUCAUGUAUUUCAACUUGUCUGUGUUCUAAUCUCACCACCAAAUCUUUAUCACACUUGGAAUAAGCCUACUUAAAAUUCCCCAUCAUUUUUAGCACCCAAUAAAGUAUGACAAAAAGAAUAAGAUGGCUUUAUGUUUUGAAAAGCCCCAUCUACUGGAGAAGCAUAGCUUCUAAUCUCAUGUUAUUUUUUGAAUUAACAACUUUCCCAAUCAUGUGGUAAGAUUCAUUUCCAGAAUAAAAUAUAUUAAAGAAAUA